AAGCCUCCAAAGCAGCCUUUGUCUAAAGAAAAAUAUUUUCGCGAGAGUAAAAUCAUUUUCCGCCCCUCAAGUCACGCCGACGACGUCCCCGGCGUCCCGCCGCCCCAUGGACCUGGCGGCGGCGGCGCGUUCAGGAGCUCAUCUUUCUAGACACCCAGUCUUCCUUCUUGAAGAAAAGAUAAAGGAAGAAAAGAUAGUGGGUGACGGCCUGACAAACUGCUAUCAGGACUCGGUGACCUUCGAGGAUGUGGCCUUGGACUUCACCCAGGAGGAGUGGGUUUUACUGGACCAAAGUCACAGAGACCUCUACAGAGAGGUGAUGUUGGAGAACUACGAGAACCUGGCCUCCAUGGGAUGUGAGCUCGUCAAACCCAGUCUGAUCUCCUGGUUGGAAAACAAAAAGGAUUGGAGGACAGGGCAGAGAGGAGAUCCCCGAGAAUGGGAAAUGCAACUUAGCACCAAAGAGUCAACAUUUCAGCAGGGUAUUUUGACAGAACAAACUUCUAGUGGGAUACUAAUGGCAGGAAUGCACAGCAACUAUAAACAUUGUGUAGAAAUCUUCAGUGAACAUUCCUAUUUCAAGACACACAUGAAAACUCUACAUCCAAGGAACACUUGUGACUCGGAUAAGGAUAGAAAACCCUUUCCUACCCUGAAGAUGAAAACUUCUACUGGACAGAAAUGUUCUGUGUUGAAUGAAUGUGAAACAGCCUUUAGCCCAACUCCAAAUGUUGCUUACCAGACAGUGAGCAUGCAGGACAGAUCUUUGGGAUGCAGUGACUCUCCCUUCCUUAGUAAGUCUUACUUUCAGACACACGUAAGAAAUAACAGUGGGGAGAAGCUCUAUGAAUUAAAGGUAUUUUCAAGAGAUUUUCUUUAUUCCACAAGUGAGGCUGUGCCUUUUCAAAUGUAUACCAUCAAAGCCUAUGAAUGUAAGGUUUGUGGGAAGGUCUUUGGAUACUCCUCAAACCUUAAUAGCCACAUGCGGACUCACACUGGGGAGAAACCCUAUGAGUGUAAGGUUUGCGGGAAGGUCUUUGGAUACUCCUCAAACCUUAAUAGCCACAUGCGAACCCACACGGGUGAGAAACUCUACGAAUGUAAGGAGUGCAAGAAGUCUUUCACUACUUCUUCAAGCCUCACAGAACAUUUUAGAAUUCACACUGGAGAGAAACCCUAUAAAUGUAAGGACUGUGGGAAAGCCUUCACUAAGCGCUCAGGCCUUGCUACCCACGUACAAACACACUCUGCCGAGAAGCCCUAUAUAUGCAAGGCCUGUGGCAAAUCCUUCAGCGUUUCUUCAAACCUAACUGAACACUUCAGAAUUCAUACAGGAGAGAAACCCUACCAGUGUGAGGAAUGUGGGAAAGCCUUCCACGCUGCGUCCUACCUUCGCAAACACGGAAGGAUUCACACGGGAGAGAAGACCUAUGAAUGUGAGGAGUGUGGGAAAGCCUUCCACACUUCCUCCAAUCUUCGGAAACACGUAAGAACUCACAGUGGAGAGAAACCGUAUCAGUGUAGGGAAUGUGGGAAAGCCUACAAAAGGUGCUACCGGCUGACUGAGCACUUGAAAACUCACACGGUGGAGAAGCCCUUUGAGUGUAAGUUAUGUGGAAAAUUCUUUAGCAGUUCUGCCUGCCGGAAUAAGCACAUUCGAAUUCACACAGGCAUCAAACCCUAUAAGUGUAAGUACUGUGGGAAGGACUUCACUGUCUCUUCAAGUCUGACCGAACACACACGAACUCACACCGGAGAGCGGCCCUACGAGUGCAAGGAGUGCGGGAAAUCCUUCACAACCUCCUCGUGUCUGAUUGUUCACAUAAGAACUCACACAGGCGAGAAGCCCUACCAGUGCAAGGAGUGUGGGAAAGCCUACAAAAGGUGUUAUCUGCUGACUGAACAUGUGAAAACGCACACGGGGGAAAAGCCCUUUGAAUGUAACGUAUGCGGAAAAUUCUUUCGAAAUUCCUCAUGCCUUAAUAAGCAUAUUCGUAUCCAUACUGGAAUAAAACCCUAUAAAUGUCAGUACUGUGGGAAAGCCUUCUCCACUUCCUCAAGCCUGGCUGAACACAUCAGAACUCACACGGGCGAGAAGCCCUACGAAUGCAGCGCGUGUGGGAAAACCUUCACAACAUCCUCAAACCGAUACCACCAUGCAAGAACUCAUGCUAGGGAGAAGCCCCAUAAUAUCAGGAAUGUGGGAAAGCCUACAGUAGGUUCUACCUACUAAGUGAUCGUUUCAUGACUCACACUGAACAAAAACCCUUUAGGAAUUCCUCACGUUAAUUGUCACACUGGUGGAAACAUUAACGUAAGGAUUGAGGAGCAGACUUUUUGGCAGUUAAUUUGAAGGACACUGAAAUCUCUAUUCUCAAGAUCCUCUGUGAGUUAAGAAAUACGUGAGGCUGUUGGAAGCUGACCACAAGCAGCACUGUAAGGACUCACCUUUGCCCGGCAUGGUGGUGCACGCCUGUAACCCCGGCACUUGGGAAGCUGAAGCAGGAGGAUCGCUGAGAGUUUGGGGCUGUCCUGGGCUAGGAGCUAAAGGCCAGCCUGAACUACAUAGUGAGACCCUGCCUCACAAAACAAGAAAGAACUCGUCCUGGAGCAAUAUGCUGUAACAUACGAACAAUCCUCAGUGUUUCCUGGGGACAGUAUAUGUAUAAGGUCUUGCAGUAGAGUCAGUUCAUGUACAAGAUGUUGAAAAGUUGUAUUUCUGCCAAAUUCUUUGAUCUUCUCUUGUGAUAUCACAGUGGAGAACAACUUUUUUUUUUAAUAUAAGGAAGGUUACAGAGUCAUUUUGUAUUUUUAUUAGAGUACUACAGUUUGAACUAAGGACCUUAUGCAUGUAAGCUACUACUGAGCUACAUGCCAAGACCUUUUUAUUUUGAGAUAGGGUCUCUUCAGUUGCCCAGGCCGGCCUCAAACUUGGGAUUCUUCGGCCUCAGCCUCAUAUAGCUGGGAGCCAGCGACAAAGUUGUUUUCUAUGUGUCAUUAUUCCACAAACUCCUAAACAUGGAGGUCUACAGUGAAGACAGUGUUCCCAGUGCAGGAAUAGCAUCCCCGUGUCCUGAAAUCUCGGAUGCUGACAGAGAUAUGGCCUCCUGGGUGGUUUAUUUUAAACACUUGUGAUCCUCUCCUGAUUAUUCCUGGACUGAUAAAUCAGUCCUGUGUAGCAGGAAUACUCAACUCAAGUUGCAACACUUUAUAGGCUGCACCUAGUCAAGACUGCUAUUAAGGACAUGAAUUUAUCUUGUCUUUCUACACAUACCACUGAGGUACACCCCCAACUCCUGUUUUACCAAUGCAGAUUCCAUGGAUAGUGUGUCACAGUCUUAAAAGAGAAUUCACCUACAUAAGCUCACAGCAGCCAACCUUUGGAUUUAAUUCAGUUAUCAAGUUUAUUACAUUGUCUUUGCUCCUGCUUUACAUCUGAUCCUUUCAGGUUAAAGAUCAGGGUGCUAAGAGCCAGGGAUUUAGCUCAGUGCUGCCAGCACCUGCCUUGCAAGUGCAAGGUCCUGAGUUCAUCCCCAGUACCAAAAAAAAAAAAGUGCUAAGAGAAGUAAAUGGGGAAAAGAAUGAGUGAAUAGCAGGUGGUGUGAGAGACCUUAACUUCAUGGCCAUAGAGGGGGACAGCCGUACUCUUUACACCUAAGAAUGGGGAUUCUUAGAACAUUGGGGAGUACAAGAAGGGAGUGAAGGUCUUACAUUUUCUUUUUCUCUCUAGAUUCUCAGAUUGGUAAAACAAUCUUGGGUCAAGCAGCAGCUCCAAACAACAGUAAUACCUUCCUCUGAUAGGCGUUUCCAUGUAAUAACAAAAACUAUGAGCCAGGUGUGAUGGCACAUGCCUGUAAUCCUCCGGCUGAGGCAGGACGACGGCUGUGAGUUCAAGCCCAGCCUGAGCUACAUCAUUCAAAGCCAACCCAAACUACGUAGGAACACUCUUUCAAAAAAAAAAAAUCUACAAACACCCUGGUUGUCAUGUUCCCUAGAAACCAUCACGGCACUUUGCAAGUGUGGCCUUUGGGUACAGACAUCCCCAGCACAACCGGAUUUGUGUCUGUGGUCAAAAUGCAUGUAUGACUGAGCAACCUUGGGUUAUGUUGAGAUGGCCGUAAGGGUCAUAGCUGCUUGAUGGCUCUUUAGCCAGCUAGUGUGCUUAUUCCACAAUAAGGCAAACGCUAAGUCUUGAGCGGGAGAGACCCGUGCACCUCUGUGUAGCACACGUUUGCAAUGAGGAGUAAAUGAUGGAGUGGCUCUUCUGCAGGGUGACUGCUGUUUAGACCGUGUGUUACCUGCCACCUUUCUGUGUGGGCAGUGACACCAAAACUCACCACAUCAGUCCCGAGUCCCUGGUUGUGGGUUGUUACUGCUCAUACAUUAGCCUUAACUGCCACCCUGUUGGUCUGAUAAAAAAAUAUGUCUCACGGGGAACUCCUUCAGAGCUUCCCGAGUACAAGCAGGUGUGGGUCAUGGGUGAGGUAUGUACCGCAGGUCGCUUACCCUUGACCUUGAACUCCUGCCGACAGCCUGGUGUCACAGCCCUUGUAUUCCCCUGCCUGAGAAGCUCACGGCUGAUGCAGACAUCCUCCAACUCUGAGCUCUUGCCUUUGGAGAGGACUUUCCUCUCUUCACUGAAGAUUAGUUCAUCAAGUUUUUAAGAACCUCCACUACAGCAAUGUCCAUGGACCAGUGCUCUUUAGGCACAAAAUGUGCACAGAAGCGUUGUUUUGGUAUUGGGGGUUGAGUGUGUGCUUGAGCUUGUUACUGGUCUGCUCAUGUCUUAGUUACUUUUGCAUUGCUGAGACAAAAGGAGGAGGAAAGGCUUACUUGCU